UUCGUCUCCCCGAUUAAACAACACCUCACUCCAUUAUCUGGCUCUUCCAUUUACUCUACCCACAAUUCUUCCAUGACUCUUCCUUUAAAAAGACGAAUAUAUCCCCAUGUAUAUCCAGAAUGUUCUAGAGACUCCCUGAUCUUUCUCUGUUUCUAAAAUUCCUUAGAAAAACACACUAACUCUUCACAGUGCAAGUCAUCACUGAAUGUUUGGUGAAGAAACUCAACUUUGAUAAGAGGGAACACAAGCAAGAGAUUCUCAACAUGUUCGGAGUAGUUUUCCCGAACCGGAGCUUCCCCAUGGACAUCUCAACCUUCGCCCAAAUCGACACCUUCCACUGGGUUCUCGACAUGAACACUUUUGUAGGAGAGGCGUACGACCAGGUUCGCGACCUCUGCAUCUUCCUCCUUAACGGCUUCACCCUACCGCCGGAGAAAGCGCUCGCCGUCUACAUCCAGUCGCCAGGAUCGCCCUUCGUCUUCUGCGGCGCCGUCACUGUGGCGCGCCCCUCUGCCGUCCUCACACUCUCGUGGCCGGAGCCCGGCGCUGGUGGGCCGCUGCAGCUGACGGCGGACGCGCAGCCGCUUUCUGCGAAGAUCGGCGUGUCGGUGGAAGAUCUGGCCACGUUGCCGUCGCUGGACGUGGCGGCAGAGAAGCGAAUUGAAGGGUUGGCGAUGAAGGUUGGAGAAAACCUGUUCAAUUUCAUGCAAUCGUUUUGCGGUGUGGAUGGGUCCAAGUUGGUUGUUCCCAUGGAUAUCUUAGACCGGUGGUUCAAGAAGUUUCAAGAACGGGCCAAGCGUGACCCUGAAUACUUGAAGGGUUUCGCUAUCAACUCAGGUUCAAGAAAUUGCAGAAGAAAGAAGUUGCAGCAUUAAUUUUUUAUUUGGUGAAAAAGAAAUUGCUGGAAUAAUUAGUUGUAAUAAUUGGUAGGGUUUUUAUUGAAAUGAUACUAGAAAUGCACUGAAAAGCACACCAGAGUAAUUAGAUGAUUCUAUUCCAGUUUUGUUCUGCACUUGAUAAGGGAUGGGUUUUGCCAAGGGUUGUCUUGUCUCCUGUUGGCCAUGCCCAUGAUUCUUUUAGCUUAUAGCAUAGAAAUGGUCCUAUUCUUCUAUUUUAAGAGAAUCUUAGAAAAUUUAGGUA